AUGUAGGAACAGGAAGUAAGGAAACAGGAAAAGUAUCGGAGAAAGGAACAGUUACAAUAUUACAAUACAGUUUGUGAAAGAUGAGUCGAAUUUAUCACAACACGUCUUUACAGAACAAACCAGUACACAAUGAGAAAUUUGACCGUGUGUGGUGCCCCUCUAUGUAUGAAAGGGGCCAAGGGAUUCUUCUAGAAGGAAAGCUGCUGGAUGUUUCCAGACAUGCGAUCAGUGAUGACAACAAUCAAAAGGUCCGUUUCUAUGUGCUGUACAUCAAACCCAGCCGCAUCCAUCAAAGGAAGUUUGAUGCUAGCGGGAAGGAGAUUGAGCCAAACUUCAGUGACACCAAAAAAGUCAACACUGGUUUCCUGAUGUCCUCCUACAAUGUUGAAGCUAAAGGGCAAUCAGACCGUCUGUCUGAGGAGCAGCUGUCAGUGAUGGUGAACAAAGCUGAGCUGGUGAAGAUAACUGACAAGCACCGACCCAUUGGGACCUGGGCCUUCUGGUACUCAGAGUCAGAGAUGCACCAAACAGAGCUGGAAACAGGACAGGACUUGCGGCUGAAGACCAGAGGAAACAGUCCUUUCAUAUUCUCCUUAGCCAAAGUGGAUGGCAGCACAGUGACCAUGUGUAACUUUGCUGGAGAUGAAAAGGCCGGAGCAUCAUGGACAGACAAGAUUAUGGCCAACAAAGCAGAUGCAGUCAGCACUCAGAAGCCCGGAGGAGAAGGAGAGGGAGCAGAGGAGGAUGAAUGGGAUGAUUGAGGAAACCGUCUCUCCCAUCAGCCGGAACUCAUGGCCCUAUUCCAGUCUCCAGGUUGAACUGCUUAAACUUGGCUCUGUUCCUGUCUCCCUUUCUUUAGAUGGACUCCAACAAUUCACUGGGGUACUGAACCUCUUACAUAUGUGGCCUUGGGGCUGGAAACCUUGCAUCAUUUCUACAGUAUGGGACUAGACUCUGCCAUUUCCACAGAGUGUAUCUGGCUGUUAGCUUUGAUGCAGACCGUUUCUUUGGAACUUCACCCUUCUCUUGUAUACUUUGGAUCACAGCCCUACUUUUAUAUGACUGGAAUUUGAGCACUGCAUUUUCAGUCUUUCUUGGCUUAUUCUUCUACUCUUGCCUGUUUGUGUCCAAGUGUAAUCCAGAGUGCAUAUGUGUGAUUUUUCUGCAUAACCUGGUAUUAAUUACAGUCCCUCUUGUUUUUCAGCACACUUGUUGGUCCUUCCAUACUGUAAUUUAAGUCCUGCCUAGAGAGACACACACGUUUUAAACACAAAGAGCUGUUUCAUAAGCUCAGUACAUUGGUUUAGUUCUGUGUGACAACUGAAGUAUUUGGAAAUGCUUUUGCCCACCUGACAGCUACAUUCCACCAAUAUACAGUUUUAUUUGGGAACCCACGUAAUGUAGGAAUGAAGAAAAUCCAUUAACAGAACAAAACUUUGCAAGCUCUCUUGAGGGGUUGUUGUAAUGUCGUCUACAGGUGAUUAUUCUUUCUUGGCUAGUAUGCCUUCCUGUAAUUGAUUGUAUGUGUAGUGGGAGACACAUUUAAACUUCACAGACAUCAGUCACCUUUGUACUGUAAAAGCAUUUAGAAAGAGCUAUUGAUGUAAUUCCAAAUUAUAGAGAAAUAUGCAAAUUAUAAUUAAAAAUUAAUUGUAUUAUUAAAUAAUUUCAUAAGCCAGUUGGUGACAAGUGUCACAUAUUUUUUUCCAAAUAAUAUUCAUAUAUAAUAUCUAAAAUUAAAGACCUCCUAUAAUUUGGCAGUGCUGAAAAUGUAAUUGGGAAAAAUGACUUUAGGUACAGAGGAUAGGGCACAUUUUUUAUUACCCACGUUUCCCUGGAAUAUUAAUCUGCCCAAAAUCACAUUUCCCUCAGAGUGCUUAAAUAUGGCACCCAAGAGCAAUAUAACAAAAUUAGGGAGUUUAUCUUGAAAUGAAACUGCAGAAAUAUUUCAGCAACUGGCGAAUACAAAGAACUGUUUUAAAAAUUGUAAAACUAUAUUUACUUAUAUCUGAUUUAUCAAAGUAAUAAUGCAAUGCCUAUUGCUGCUCGCAACCCCUGAAAACGUGGCUCCAAAUAUUAAGCAUUUCUCUUUAACAUAAAUAUUCAUGACUAAAUCAGCAGGAAUCAAAGUUAAAAAAGCAUCUUCAGGUAUUAUUUUAGUUAACACUCAAAAACUCAGCUAAUCUGCUUCAUCAGGACAGUGUAGGUGUGGUUUGAUCAGAUUUGAGUGACAGUGACCAAACAACCCACCAACUAUCAAAAUGUUCCAACUUCAAACCAGUGAGAAGAGAAAAAAUGAAACACAGACAUUUCUCAUUUGAAAUUAGAAAAACUGUGCAGAAAAUAGCUGAUAAAUUAACAGCUGAUCUCCAUGACACCACAUCAACAGGAACUGGACAAGUGGUAAUUUGAUGGAUUCUUACAUGUAUAUUGACACCUGGCCUGAUCUUUUUUCGCCCUGUUCCUCCAACUGUAUUUCACUUGCAUUAAAAUUGAGUAUUGCUCCUAAACAUGAGCAGGUACUUAGUGGGUGUUCCACAGCAUUGAAAACAGCAUUACAGUUUGCCACAGCUUGUUAUUUUCAACUGUUACAUUAAAGUUAUUUCUCUCUUGAAUGUGCAAUUGUGCCACUAUAUAUUGCCAAAUGUCAGUUGUUAAUGGAUUACAUUAAAUGUUCAUUCAACAAUAAUACUCAGAAACAAACUUUUGAGGCAAUCUUAGGAGUACAUACGAAGUAUAGAAAGACUGAAAUGGAGGCAAACAGACACAGAUUAAAUCUAGGUGGAGUAAGUUACUAUGAAGACAUGUCACAUGACUUUAUAUACAGCAGUGAGGUUUUCACUUCCACUCCAAAAAGGAGAGGAUCCAGUGACACAUUUUGAAUUCCUACAGAACAGAACAGCAAUAGCUGUAGUCUAUAGCUCUUGCGCAUAGUGAUGAGAAAUAGAAAGUGUGCAUGUGUGGGCGUGCAAGAGAGAGGGAGCAUGACAAGCCAUACCGAUAUCUUGAUAUCUGUACAUUUAUGCAAAUAAACCCGUCAUCUUCUCUGUCAAGGGACAUGGUCAUUGGCUGUUUUUUGGACAAUAAACAUAGGCUAAUGACCUGUAUUAUUUUCACCAGGUAAAACAAAAAGGACAUGUACUGGAUUAAAGGACUCAUAUUUAA